AUGUACGGUUUGACGGUCUCUUGCUCUCCUGCUGGGGGAAUUAUUGGAUUUGGAGUGCACUUUCGUCGAUGCUCAGGAACUGGCGUGCAAUCUACACGCUCGAUUUGGCAAGGUCGAAGCGGAGGCUGUGUUCUCCUCCACACUCGGCUCAAGUACACCGAGCGUAUCACAGCAAUUCAAACAAGUGAGGGCUAUUCUGUUAUAUUAGCUCCGAGGAUGCCGACAUCACAGAUUAGUGUCCACCCAGGCCUACUAGCGGAUAAACACCAUGGAGUCAUUCUUGGUAUAUACUAUGACGACUCACCGGGCAAGCCUGCCCGUAUUAGUAGCUUCGGAGUUUUUUGCACCCCUGGGGCCACAGAAAAGCAGCCCAAGUCCAUUCUAUCACUUCCGCCCUAUCAUCGUAUGCUUCAUCAGCUGUGGGGCUCACCAUGGGGAAGUUUCAGUUCUCAAGCCGUGCUUGAGAAUAUCUCUUGCCUAGAGACUUGUUCUGUUGGUGUCCGAUGCACGGGUAUGAUUCUGACCAAUUUCAAUGGCCAUCAAAACGUGCUGGGUCAAUGGCACGAAGACAACCCGUCAUAUAAUGCCGUAAUCCAUAGGCUGGACUUCGUUUACGGCGAAGGCUUGCGGUUUUUUUAUCUCACGAAAAUGGGGAUUCUUACCUUCAACGAGUGGAGAUACGCCCACUGA